GUGGCUGUGCAGGUGCUACAUGCUCAAAUGCCAGCCUCCAGGCUUCAAAGGCACUCACUCACCACUCUGAAAAGAAAGAAAUCUUCCUGAGUCAUCGUGCCCAACAAGUGCUCACGAAAAUUCGACCGAAAUGGAAGCCAUCAAGAUACAGAAGAAAUAUCCUCAAUUUACCCAGCAGGAGGUCAUGAGUCUGGUUUCCAGAUUUAAAGACAUGGAUGUAGACUCAAAAGGAUCCAUCACCAAGCAGGAGGCGAUCACCGCUUUAUCCUCUGGCCCCAAUCUCGAAGGGACGUAUGACUCGGUACGGACGACGCUAAAAGAGGUCCAAGUAGACUCAUCGGGCCAGAUCGAAUUGGAAGACUACAUCGAUCUGAUCGCCAAACUCAGGCAGGGUCGGAACAAACAGGCCGGAAAAGCCGUUGGUAGUCCUGGACAAAGUCGGGUCGUCGUCCAAGGUAGCAAUAGUAACAUUCAACAUGGAAUCCUUCCAGAUGAACUGUCUGCUUUUACUAGUCACAUCAACAGCUCCCUGGCUGGAGAUUCCGAUAUCGGAAAUCGGCUUCCCUUGCCGACAAACAAUUUCCAGAUCUUUGAUGAAGCUCGGGACGGUCUGAUUUUAUGUAAAUUGAUUAAUGACUCGGUGCCCGAUACGAUUGACGAGCGAGUCCUGAACAAGCCCACGGCCAAAACCCAUCACAAGCCUAUCAACAAUUUCCAAAUGACAGAAAACAACAACAUCGUCAUCUCAUCUGCGAAGGCUAUAGGUUGCUCUGUCGUCAACGUCGGAGCCAGCGAUAUUAUCGACGGACGAGAGCAUCUCAUCCUCGGCCUGAUCUGGCAGAUCAUCAGACGAGGCUUGCUCAGCAAGAUCGAUAUCAAGUUCCAUCCUGAACUUUACAGGUUACUCGAUGAAGGAGAAACCUUGGACGAAUUUCUUCGUCUACCGCCCGAUCAAAUUUUACUAAGAUGGUUUAAUUAUCACUUAAAAGCUGCCAAUUGGAACAGGAGAGUCAGCAACUUCAGCAGGGACAUUUGCGAUUCCGAAAACUAUACAGUCUUGUUGAACCAGCUCAUGCCUGACCACUGUUCACGAGCGCCCCUACAAGAAUCGAACUUAGAGCAGAGAGCAGAGCAAGUACUCCAAAAUGCCGAAAAAAUCGGAUGUCGAAAGUUCUUGACUUCAAAGUCCAUCGUUGCGGGUAAUCCCAAGUUGAACUUGGCUUUUGUAGCCAACCUCUUCAACACCUAUCCCGGAUUAGAAGCUCUCGAGGAAGGCGAAAGACCUGUGAUCGAAGACUUUGAUGCCGAAGGAGAGCGUGAAGCUCGCGUUUUCACCCUAUGGCUAAACAGUUUGAACGUCGAGCCGGGUGUUUACAACUUGUUUGAAGACCUCAAGGACGGGACUAUCAUCUUGCAAGCUUUUGAUAAAGUCAUUCCAGGAUGCGUGACCUGGCGCCGGGUCAGUCGACCAAAGGAAGACCAAGAAUUAAGCCGGUUCAAGUGCGUUGAAAACACGAACUAUGCGGUCGAAUUAGGCCAAGCAAACCGAAUGACACUGGUAGGAGUCCAAGGGGCGGAUAUUGUUGAUGGAACGAAGACUUUGGUCCUUGGUCUAGUGUGGCAGCUCAUGCGAAAGUCGGUGAUUGCCACCUUGGCCAGUCUAUCGAAGGGCAAUCGGGAAGUCACUGAUAGUGAUAUGAUCCGCUGGGCCAACGACCGUGUCCGGGCCGCUGGCAAGAACACAUCGAUGCGAAGCUUCAAAGACUCCACCCUGCGCACUGGGCACUUCUACUUGGAUUUACUAGAUGCUCUCAAACCUGGCUAUGUGGACUACAGUUUGGUCUAUCCCGGCAAAGACGAGGACGAAUGCACAAUGAACAACAAACUCGCUAUCUCAAUUGCUCGGAAAGCCGGCGCUCUCAUCUUUGUUGUUCCAGAAGAUUUGGUCGAGGUCCGACCCCGAUUGGGAUUGACGUUCAUUGCCGCCCUCAUGGCCCUGGCCCCUUGAAAACCUUUCAUCCAUCAAAAGGUUGUAUUUGAUUGCAUGUAAAUUUACCUAACCAUGGACGAUUAUUCAUACAUAUUAACACAACCAUCUCAAGAAAUUCAAUCAUUUCUUCCGACAACAUCAUUUUACUAAGAUUGCAACUUGUUUCUGUGUCGUUUUCCUCUUUCCUCUUUGCAUCACAUUCCUGUCUCAUGACUAGCGCUCAUGCAUCCGACCUGGUCCGAAUUCCCCAUCGCUGAUGGGGCAAUGUAUCAUGCUACGAUAGACCUACAUUUUCCUUUUUUUUUGAUAAUAACAAUCACAUGCCCCUAUUA